AUGACGACUCCGCUACUUCUGCUGCUGCAGUUCGCACUGCCGCCGCACAUCCAAGCCAUCCCCCACGUAGCCCAGCUCAUCAAUGACUUCGCCCUGCCGUCGACCAUCGACGCUGCCGUGUACAACGACCUGCAGCGCGUGUUCAAGGUGUUUGAGGGGUUCCGCCCUGAUACAGUUGGGGCUAUGGACGGAGCUCCAGCCAUCGGACGUCUCGACAUUGUUCAAAGACUGCACCACGAGCGAGACGAGGGCUGCUCGGCCGCUACUUGGAAGUGCUGGAGUGGCUCUACCGGUUCUACCCGGACUUGCGUCGGGGGCUGCAGGAGCUCACGGAGGCCACUACGCAUGGCCACGUGGACGUUGUCGAGUUCCUGCUGA